UCAGUAACAUAACGCGCACCGCGCCGCGCUGACGCGAGGUCGGCAGCAUUAAAAAAAUUUGCACAUAAAAAAAAACUUUAUAUAAAAUCAUGUGUCGAUUUAGCUUAUUUAAAUAAUAAUUAUACACGCAAUAUCGUGUAUAAAUUAAAAUACUUUGGACAAAUAUAAAUUAAAUUUGUGAAAAUAUAAUUAUAUGUGUGAGUGAUUUUAUGAUACCUAAUUAAGUGUGUUUAUUGGCAAUAGUAAAUUGUAUAAAAAUAUAAAUGAAUGAUAUUAGCAAAUAAAAUAUAUAAAUCUUGAUAGUGUAAGUGUUAGUCAACUCUGAAUAAUCUAAAAUUAAAUUAAACUACAAAUAUUAAUAGAGUGAACAAUAAGAAUUCAAGAUGGCGGCAAUACCCCCAGACACUCCAACGGCUGACACCCCCGAAGACACCCCCACCCCCUCGCCCGGUCCAGAAAAUAUGAACAAAUUCAACUGGAUAAAGCACGCGAAAGCUUCACGAAGAAAUAACCCUUUCGUCAAAGCUCGACCUACUUUGAAUAGAGAAAGUUCUACAGCUGAGCUAUUUUCAAGAGAGAACUCUAGUGCAGACCUAUUUCAGAGUUCUAGACUCAAUUUGUUUGAUACUACCCCGAAACCAGAAGUUACGCCGCCAGGUUAUAUUAAGGGCGUGUCGUUCAUAGGUUGGCACCAACGCACUCGGCUGGAGCGGUUCCUGCUGGUGCUUAGUGGGCUGCUGCUGGUCUUCGUGUUGCUCCUGGGGACCUUGCUGGUCAUCCCCCGGGGGUCUUACAUCCCCGUGCCUGACUGUGGGAAGCCUGACAACCAUAGCACCAUUUGCCUCUCCGGUUCCUGUAUCUACACUGCCAGCGAAGUGGCAAGGGCCCUGGAUGAAACCCAGGAUCCUUGUGAAGACUUCUACGAGUUCGCUUGUGGGGGGUGGAUGAAGAACAACCCCAUCCCUGAGGGGAAGUCGAGCUGGGGCAUCUUCAGUAAGAUCGAAUUGCAGAACCAGCUUACCAUUCGGUUUGCCCUGGAUAAAGUGAAUCUCUCGGACACAUCGACGGCGGAAGCUAAAGCGCGCAUCUACUACGAUGCGUGUAUAGACAGCAAUGAGACCAUAGAGAAACUGGCGGGGAAGCCCCUAGUGAAUGUGAUCAAGAAGCUUGGCGGCUGGCAUCUGUUGUCCAACACCAUGAUAAAGCAGCCUAAAUGGGACCUGCAAAAGCUGCUGCAGGAUGUGCAGAACACGUACAAUUUAGGAGGACUUUUCAAUUGGGCUGUGACAGAAGACGAUAGAAAUUCUUCUAGACAUGUUAUAGUACUUGACCAAGGUGGUCUCAACCUCCCAACUAGAGAUAACUACCUAAACAAAACAGCACACAAAAAAGUUUUAGAUGCCUAUCUAGACUACAUGACUAGAGUCUGCGAAUUGCUAGGAGCCAACAAAACUGAAGCCAAGGCCCAAAUGAACAAAGUCAUACUGUUUGAAACGGAUCUGGCGAAUAUUACUACUCCUUCUGAAGAGAGAAGAGAUGAAGAAGGAUUGUACAACCCUUUCACGAUCAAGCAGUGGCAGAAAGAAGCGCCCUUUUUAAAUUGGACGCAUUUCUUCAAUGAUGCUUUCAAGUUGGUUAAUAGAACAAUACCGGACACUGAAACAAUAGUGGUGUAUGCACCUGACUACUUCAGAAAUUUGACCAAAGUCAUAAGAAAAUACAGCAAGUCUGAUGAAGAUCAAAAGACCCUGACCAGCUACAUGAUGUGGCAGGUCUCCCGGUCGCUCUCCCCCUACUUGUCCAAGAACUUCAGAGACGCCACCAAGAUACUGAGGAAGGCGCUGUUCGGCUCCGAAGGCACUGAGGAAUCUUGGAGAUACUGCGUUACAGACACUAACAAUGCUAUUGGGUUUGCAGUCGGUGCCAUGUUUGUCCGCGAGGUGUUUCACGGUGAAGCUAAGACCCAGGGCGAGAUCAUGAUAGACAACAUCAGGAACGCUUUCAAGAGGAAUCUGAAGAACUUGGAUUGGAUGGAUUCGGAGACCAGACUCUCUGCUGAGGUCAAAGCUGAUGCGAUCACUGAUAUGAUUGGUUUCCCAGACUACAUCCUCGACAAAGAAGAGCUGGACAAGCAGUACAGUGAGCUAGAGGUGAAGCCGGACAAGUACUUCGACAACAACAUUGCCUACAACGUGUUCACUCUCAAAAACGACCUAAAGAAACUGGACGAGCCUGUCAACAAAACUAAAUGGGGGAUGACCCCUUCAACGGUGAAUGCUUACUACACUCCGACGAAGAACCAAAUAGUGUUUCCCGCGGGGAUCCUGCAGCUGCCGUUCUAUGACGGGGACAACCCUAAGAGCGUGAACUACGGCGCCAUGGGCGUGGUGAUGGGGCACGAGCUCACACACGCCUUCGAUGACCAGGGACGGGAAUAUGACAGAUUCGGAAAUCUAAAUCAAUGGUGGAACAAUGCCACAAUAGCGAGAUUCAAGAAGCGAGCUGAAUGCAUCCAGAAACAGUAUUCCAACUAUACCAUGGAGGGGCAGCAUUUGAAUGGGAAGCAGACGCUUGGGGAAAAUAUUGCCGAUAAUGGAGGAUUAAAGGCAUCAUUCCACGCCUAUUUAGACUAUAGUAAAACUGCCAAAGUAAAUUAUACCUUGCCCGGGCUCAAGUACAAUCACCGACAACUGUUCUUCAUAUCUUUUGCACAGGUAUGGUGCUCUGCUAUGACAAAUGAGUCAACGAAGAUGCAGAUAGAAAAAGAUGACCACACUGUAGCGAAAUACAGAGUUAUUGGUCCCAUAUCCAAUCUGAAGGAGUUUUCUGAAGAGUUCGAAUGUAAAAUUGGAUCAAAAAUGAACCCAAAGCACAAAUGUGAAGUAUGGUAAUAAAUAUACUUACAUCCAAAAUCGAUAUAAUCGCUACAGAGCUUUUAUUGUGCUGCAUAUUUAUUUGGAGCAGCGGAUGUGUGGAGAUUAAUUGACAUUUGAAGAUUGAAUAGAUCAAGAAAUAGGAUGUGACAACCAAUGACAUCCCAGCAUUAUUAUGCUAGUUAAAUGUCUAUACUAUGACGAUAUAGACGGAAACAAUUGACACUAUUGAUGUUGCUUAUCAUAAAGGUUUUGAUAUAUAAUUGUUUGUACAUAAUAGGGCUUAGCUUUGAAAACGGGUAUUACAUAAUUAUUGAGGUCGUGAAACGGAGUAGAAAUAUAUAAUUAAAACGCAUUUGAAUGGAAUAGUUUGAUAUAAGAUGGAAAUUUAAUUUGGAUUUGAUUAGAUAGGUCACAAUUUAGGAAAUUGCUUUGUUGUUUUAACGAUGUUUUAAUAUGAACUAUAACUACCAAUUUUGUUUCAGUUUCAAUGUUCAGAUUGUCAUUAAAUUGCUUCCUUAUAUACUUAAUGUUUGUUGUAUUUAGUAAUUUGUGUUAGCGUUAACGUUGUUAAAAUGUAUCCUAUUAUAUUGGAAAGUUUCACAAAAUCCUUGAUUUCCCAUGAGUGUACCUUAUGUUUAAGAUAUUAAAAGUUAAUUUAGUUGAUGUGUGCAAUGGUUAGAUGUACUUAAUUGUAAGUGAAACUGGUUGAGCAAGUGCCAUUUACAUAAAAAUAGUUAAUUUUAAACCUAAAUAAAUAAAAAUUGAGAAAAAGAACAAUACUAGGCAUUCUUUUAUAUCUGUAAAAUUAUUUAUUUUAAUAAUAUUUUGUAUUUUUUUGACAUUUGAAAACAUAGUGUUUAAAUAAGUAGGUGCCUUGUACUUUAUUUUACAAUUGCUACCUAUACCUUUUGGCAUCCUGUGGAUUAAUUAAAAUUAGCUAAAAAUAUUUUUAGUAUAUAUUUAAGCAAAAAUGCUGGUCAUUUUUCAACAAGUAUUAAAUAAGAUAAUAUGUUUCAUACAUUAUGUAGAUAAAAUAAAUUGUUGUUGUGUUUAUUGUGCGCAAUUUAUAUUUUUUAAUGUUUAAGUGUAGGGGCGGAACAUCACAUAUUGAUGCUUGAUAUAAUAUUGUAAUACUGAUUAAAUCAUAGAUUUUUUUUUUAUUAUGAUCCAAUCAUAUACAUUAUGUUUCGUGUUUUUUUUAUUUAUAUUUUUUUGAAUUUACAACACAUAAAUAUACUGAUAUUUAUAUUUAGUAGAAUAUUUGUUAUUUAAAAGUUAAUCAAAAUGUUAUUUAAAAAUUUAUUGGUUUUCUGUAGUUGAUUCAUAGCAUAUUUUGAAAAGUAAUAUCUUAGGUAUACGCCAUAUAUAGUUUAUUUGUAUUUUGAAACUCUGUAAUCCAAUUACUUAUUGUUUUUUUUAAAUCUGAAUAUUAAGAGGUACGAGUUCCAAAAACACUGUAAAUUCCAAAUUAGUACAUAUUAUGUAUUAUUAUACAUAUAAAGAUGACAAUAAAUUUUGUCUGUCAAUGUUCCCAGAUCCUUAACUUGUAAAUUUUCCCUUAUUUAUACCGCAUUUAAAAUAGAAAACGAAGUCAUUUCAAUAUUUUAAUAAAAUACUAAGCUAAAGUAAUAAAACUUAGUCACCUUAUUGUAAUUAAAAAAAGAUUUGGCAUUAACAUUUUUAUUCACUAGUCAACUAUAAAUACAUUCAAAUUCGAAUGUAAACAAAAUCUGUGAGUAUAGGUAUUCCUGUAAAUGUACAUAAUCUUGACACGUAUUUUCAUUGAAAUGUAUACACUUUAAAAACCAUUGUAUUUUUGAAUCACAAAAUUACCUACUUGUAAUGUAGGUAUUUUCAAAUUGAUUUUUAAAUUUAAUUAUACUUCAAUUUAAAUUCGUAUUCAGAUUGUUUAUCAUUUCUUCAAUACCUAAACAGAAAAAUUGGAACAUAUAAAUGAUUUGGUUUUAAUUUAUGUGCCAAAUAUGAUUUACAUUAAAAUAGACUGAAAUAUACAGAUGUAUUUUAGUUAUUUCAAAAUAACCCAUAUUUCAUAUCAUAGGAAAAUAUACAAAAUUUUGCUGGAGACCAAUUAGAAUUACUGUAAUUCUUUUAAAAUGUUUUGUAAAAUUGUUUUCUAUAGGUAAUAUAUCUAUAAUAAAACUAUCAGUAUUAUUUACACAAAAUAAACUAAGAAGGAAAUUAUUAUCGGCAAUGAGUAGAAUGUAAAAAAAUAAUAUCACUUUAGUUAUUGGCAGUACUUGAAAAAAACCUUUAAAUUUAUCAAAUAUUUGAUUUGUAAUGAAUUUAUUGACUGAUUUGUUUGUAUGAGUUAUGUAAAUGAAAUAUUAAAUUGUCUUGU